GUCCCAGGUGCGGGCGAGACCUCCCCGCGGGUCUGCUGAGAAGAAUUCAAACCCCCCCCCGGCCCGGAAAAUAAGCGGCUCCUCGCUCCAGGCCAACUCCCGUCGGAUACUGCCAUGGCUCCCAGACCACAAGUGGGGACUGAGUCCUCCGCAAGCUUUGAAGACAACGAUAAAGACAAGAAGGACGGCGCCAUGGUGUCGUCGUACUCCACCGUCGACCUGGUAAACGACGACGGGGUCGGAGAGGAUCCCUGGGACCUGCCGGAGCUCAAGGACGUGGGUGUCAAGUGGUCAGAUCUGGACACUCGAGGGAAGAUCAUGCGAGUGCUGACGGCCAUCGUCAAGCUGGCGUUGCUGCUGGGACUUCUCUACUUGUUCAUCUGCUCCCUGGACGUCCUCAGCUCGGCCUUCCAGCUGGUCGGAGGCAAAGCCGCCGGAGACAUCUUCAAGGAGAACGUGAUCCUGGCCAACCCGGUAGCCGGCCUGGUGAUCGGGGUCUUGGUCACGGUGUUGGUGCAAAGUUCCAGCACCUCCUCGUCAAUCGUGGUCAGCAUGGUGUCCUCUGGAUUGCUGGAGGUUCGGUCCGCAGUGCCCAUCAUCAUGGGCGCCAACAUCGGCACUUCGGUCACCAACACCAUCGUGGCCAUGAUGCAGGCGGGCAACCGCAACGAGUUCCGCAGGGCCUUCGCCGGCGCCACCGUGCACGACUUCUUCAACUGGCUCUCCGUGCUGGUCCUGCUGCCCCUGGAGGUGGCCACGGGCGUUCUGGAAAAGCUCACCCACCUCAUCAUCGAGUCCUUCCACAUCCAGUCGGGAGAGGACGCGCCCGACCUGCUCAAGAUCAUCACCGAACCGCUCACAGAAUCCAUCAUCCAGCUGGAUAAAUCCGUCAUCACCCAAAUCGCCACCGGGGACGCCGCCGCCAGAAACAAGAGUCUGAUCAAAAUCUGGUGCAAGAAGAAGACCAACACGACGUUCUGGAACGCGACGGUGGAGAGCUGCCCCGCCGGCGGCGUCUGCUGGGAGCAAGGCGGCGAAAUCUGGACCGAGAUGAACACCACCUGGACGGACUACCUGGAGAAAUGCUCCCACAUCUUCGUCAACGCCGACCUGCCUGACCUGGCGGUGGGCCUGAUCCUGCUGGGUAUGUCGCUCUUCAUCCUCUGCUCCUGCCUCAUCCUCAUCGUCAAGCUCCUCAACUCCAUGCUCAAGGGCCAGGUGGCCGUCGUCAUCAAGAAGGUGCUCAACACAGACUUCCCCUUCCCUUUCGGCUGGGUUACCGGCUACAUCGCCAUCAUGGUGGGAGCCGGGAUGACCUUCAUCGUGCAGAGCAGCUCCGUCUUCACCUCGGCCAUAACGCCUCUCGUCGGUAUCGGCGUCAUCAGCCUUGAGCGGGCCUAUCCUCUGACUUUGGGUUCCAACAUCGGAACCACCACCACGGCCAUCCUGGCCGCCAUGGCGAGCCCGGGAGAAACGCUGGCCAACUCGCUGCAGAUUGCGCUCUGCCAUUUCUUCUUCAACAUCAUGGGCAUCCUUUUGUGGUAUCCCAUCCCGUUCACACGGAUACCCAUCAGGCUGGCCAGGGGGCUGGGCAACCACACGGCGCAGUAUCGCUGGUUCGCCGCCCUCUACCUCGUCCUGUGCUUCCUGGUCUUGCCCCUGGCUGUGUUCGGCCUGUCCCUGGCGGGGUGGCAAGUCCUGGUGGGCGUCGGGGCACCCAUCAUCGUGCUCAUCAUCUUCGUAAUCUUGGUCAACAUCAUGCAGUCGCACUGCCCCCGCUUCCUGCCCCGCUUUUUGCGCACCUGGAACUUCCUGCCGCUGCCGAUGCGCUCGCUGGAGCCCUGGGACCGCGUCGUGACGUCGUGCUUGGGCUUCUGCGGCCGUUACUGCUGCUGCAUCUGCAAGUGCUGCGACUGCUGCCAGAAAGAUGAAAAGGCGCGCAAGAAGAGCCUGGAGUUGCGCGACAACCCGGCCGCGACCACGUCCGACGACCCCAAGGUCAUCCAAGGAACUCAUCUUUAAUAAACGUGAACAGUUCUCUCUUGCACGUUAAUGAUUCCCGUGACUCCUCCACGCUGUAAUCUCAGCGCUGGGCUGCUAUGAACUGUCUUUCCACUGGACCCGGUGAAAAUUUGUCGACAAAAACUUUCUAUCGUUAUCUACGCUCACAUCGGGACUUUUUGUAUUUUCUGUAUGUAUGGAAAAAAAAAAAAAUCAAAUUGUAACUGAAUAGUCAGUGUAAAACUUCCUUCACUAUUUAAGACAUAAUUCAUGUGUGAAUAAA